GAAUUUUUCUUGUUACUCAACCUUUCAUCUUUCUCAUUGAAUGAUUGUGCCUUUCUUCUGAAUUCUGUUGUUCUUGAAUCGGUUUUUUUCUGUUUCCUUUCCUUUCUUCCCUGGGGUGUUGAAAUCUCCAUGCUCUUUGGCUUGCUCAUGUAGAGGAAGUAAAAGUUGGACCAUGUUAUUCUGAUGACAUUUGAAUUGAAAUCAUGAUUGGUAAUAUUCCCAGUUUUCAGGCCAAUGGCGUAAAGAAUUCCCUCUAUUUGGAUGAGACAAUAAAAGGUCUCUGUUUCUCAGGAAGGGUGGCUGAAGCAGUUGGAAUAUUGUGCCGCUCUGGUGUACAGGUGGAGGCAGAAACUUAUUCCCUUGUUUUGCAAGAGUGCAUUUUCCGCCAAGCGUAUAAGAAAGGGAAAAGAGUCCAUUGGCAAAUGAUUACUGUCGGCUUUGUUCCAAAUGAAUAUCUGACUGUUAAGUUGUUAAUUUUGUAUGCAAAAGCAGGAGACUUGGAUACAUCACACAUUAUAUUUGAUAAGUUACAAUUUAAAAGCUUGGUUUCGUGGAACGCUAUGAUUGCUGGGCAUGUGCAGAAGGGCAUGGAGGAAGUAGGCCUGAGUCUGUACCAUGAUAUGAAACAGAGAGAUGUACUUCCAGAUCAGUAUACCUUUUCAUCAGUCUUUAGAGCCUGUGCCUCUUUAGCUGUCCUGGAGCAGGGCAAGCAAGCACAUGCUUUGUUGAUUAAAAGCCAAAUUAGUGGAAAUAUUGUAGUUAAUAGUGCGCUUAUGGACAUGUAUUUCAAGUGUAGUUCUCCAUCUGAUGGCUAUCUCGUGUUUAGUAAGUCCUUGGAAAGGAAUGUGAUAACAUGGACUGCUCUGAUAUCAGGGUAUGGACAAAAUGGAAGAAUAAAAGAUGUUCUGGAAUCAUUUCAUAGGAUGAUAGAUGAAGGAUAUAGGCCAAACCAUGUUACGUUUCUUGCAGUUCUUUCUGCUUGUAGCCAUGGAGGUCUGGUAGAUAGAGGUAAGGAGUACUUUUCAUCUAUGAUGAGAGAUUAUGGGCUUCAACCGAGAGGAAAGCACUAUGCAGCUAUUGUGGAUCUUCUAGGCCGUGCUGGAAGAUUACAAGAGGCUCAUGAGUUUGUCAAAAACUCACGUUGUGAGGAGCACCCAGUACUAUGGGGAGCUUUACUUGGGGCUUGUAAGAUUCAUGGUGAUAUCGAGAUGGUAAAACUUGCUGCUAGAAAUUUCUUCGACUUGGAGCCUGAGAAUGCAGGCAAAUAUGUUGUCUUGUCUAAUGCUUAUGCUUCUUUUGGUUUGUGGAACAAUGUUGCGGAGAUAAGGAGACUGAUGAAAGACUCGGGGGUGAAAAAGGAGCCUGGUUAUAGUAUGAUUGAGGUUCAAAGACAAGCACAUUUCUUCUUUAUGGAACAUAAUGCUCAUGAACAGACUGCUGAGAUAUAUAAAUUGGUCAAAGAUAUGGCAGGUAUCUUAAAAGACGCUGGCGAUGUUCAAGAUAUACUGAGUUAAAGAGAAAGGACAAACAACAAUAUAGGAUGAACAUUUGAUUGAAUCCUCAGCCACUUAGCUGCAAAGAGUCUUAUUAAACGGGCAAUUUGCUGUAUCUCGAAAAGUGCCAUGCAUGU